AUGUCCUCCUCCUCCUCGCUGCCCGCCAAGCCGCCCCCGCCGCCGCGCCCCAAGACGCGGGGCAGCUACAACUGCGGCCGAUGCGGCCAGCCCAAGAAGGGCCACGUCUGCAACCUCCCCUCCCCGGCCGCCGCCGACGGCGCCGCGCCCCCCUCCCCGUCGCCCUCAUCCUCCGCCGGGGACACCCGCCUCCGCCGCGCCCUCUCCUUCGACGACGCCCCCGCGCCCUCCUCCCCCGAGAAGAAGCCCAGGCCCGACCAUGACUUUGCCGGCCGCACCAUGGAGCUGGGCGGCCGGGCCGUGCCGGUAGACCUCGUCGUCGAGGUCCUGCGCCGGCUCGGCCCCAGGGGGGUACUGGACGCCGCCGCCGUCAGCCGCGCCUGGCGCGACUGCGCCGACCGGGUCUGGCGCGUCGCCGAGGAGCUCCGCCUCCGCCCGGCCGCCGCCGGCCUCCUCGGCGCGCUGCUCCCCCGGUGCGCCGCGCUCUCGCGCCUAGUCCUCCACAUGGAAAGUGCUGUUGAUGCCACCAUGCUGUCAUGUCUUGCAUUUUCCUGUUCAAGUUUGGAAACUCUGGAGAUCACCAUGGCCGACAAGGCAAUCAACAAUAUGACUGGAGAGGAGCUAAGUCGACUUGUUUCAGAGAAGCGUUCUCUCUCAGUUCUCAAAAUCGGUGGUUGCUCUAAUCUUGGUUUUCUUAAUCUAAGCUCGUCAAGUCUUAGUGUCCUUUGGCUAUCAGAUCUUUGCUCCCUUUCGGAAUCGGUCAUAAGCUGCCCUAAUAUGAGCGAGCUCUCCUUGUGUUUCACACAACAAAGUACUGAAUGUACUGACCUGGUUAGUUUGAUGGAUGGCCUGGGCCGAUCGUGCCCUAACUUAAGAAAUUUGCACAUAUCAUCAAUUCAACUAUCUAAUGAAGCCGUGUCCGCUCUAGAGGGUGCCAACCUCAGGGGCUUGUGCAUGCUAUCCUUGAUUCUCGGUUCAAAAAUGACAGAUGCAGCUGUUGCAUCUAUCGUCAGAUCUUGUGCAAGCUUGGAAUUGCUUGAUUUAAGUGGAUCUAGCAUCAGUGAUAGUGGUGUUGGUAUGAUCUGCAAGGCGUUCCCUCAUACUUUAUCGAGGCUGCUCCUUGCUCUCUGCCCAAAUAUUACUACAUGUGGGAUCCAGGCCGCAACAGCACAAUUGCCACUACUUCAGCUCAUGGACUGUGGAAUGAGCUUACGUUCUAACUUGCAGAAUGAAAAACAGGGGGCUUAUUUUGGUGAGAUCAAUGGAAGGAUUAGAUUGUGCCCAAAAUUACCCACCUUAAAAAAGCAACCUAUGCGCCAAAAGCUAAUCAUAAAGCAUGAUAAUUUGAAGAAGCUCAGUCUAUGGGGCUGUUCAGCAAUAGAUGCUUUGUAUGUGAAAUGCCCAGAGUUGAUUGAUCUGAACCUCAACACUUGUACAAAUCUACACCCAGAGCGGCUGCUACUUCAGUGCCCAAAUCUGAAGAAUGUACAUGCAUUUGGAUGCCAAGAUAUGUUGAUUGGUGCAAUAAAAAACCAGGUUCUGAAUGAGUUCGCUGCAGCUGAACCACAUCUUCCAUGCAAGCGGCUAGCAGACGGUUCAAAACGGGUUCAGCUGUCACAGUUCCCACAAGAGCAGCUACCCGAGGACAAAAUAUGGAUUGGAUUCAAGCGGUCGGAGUGCAUUGUUCAUCUUGAUUCUUGA